AUGAAGAUGAACGGGCAUGCAAAGGCGAAGGUGAGAGCAAGGUCAGCCCAAGUCCGUCGUACGAGGUCGGGUCCGACCGAUGAUGCCGCAGCUGCGCUGGCGGUGGCAGUGCAUGCUCGGAGGCGGCCACAAGCGGGACUGACCCGAUACAAUGACAACCAAAAACCUCUCCCAAACUUUUUACCUCGCAAGACGACCAGGACUGCCGUGGGCCCCUCUUCGAUCAAGAGCGUGCGAUCGGAGGCUGGUGACGAUCCGAGUCAAGACGAGAGGAGGGCAGUGCCCAAGUCAGCGACGGUGGUACUUGCAACGAGUGGGAGGGGUGAACUCACGGUGGCUGAUGGUACACUACUGCCGACUUCCACCACCGACCGCCUCGGUGCUGCGUCGAUGCGCUAG